CCCAUAUCAUCGGGGUGUCCGCCUUGUUCGAGGGGCUGGUCGUAGAGGUCCUAUGCGUCACGUUUAUUUGGGCCUUCUGCAUCCAGUGGCAGGGAAGCGUCCGAUUUUUUUUCUCUGCCUGCCUUAAAACGUCCUGUUUAUAUUUAUUGCAGGCGUGGAUCUUCGGGAAAACAAGGUAUCAAAGGAAAAACGCGACGCAAAGUAUGCAUUUGGAGACAAUUCUUUUUAGUUUACUGGAGAACAUUUCAGAUGCACCCCACUCACAUCAUGAGCAAGCUUACCCAAAAAUCUUGAACCUCCCCACAAGACUAUUUUAGUAUAAUUUCUUACCUUUCUAAUGAACUAACUAUCACUUGUUGGAACAUUUUCGUGUAUUCAGGUCCCAAAGUGCUGAUCUCUAAAAGCUGAAUUCAUACAUGUACAGUGGAACAAUGACAGAAGCAUGGCAACAGCAACAUGCAGUGGCCCCUCCUCCUGUUGGGCACCCCCUUCUACAAGGGGCAGAGAAUGCUUUGGGCAGUGCUGCAUAUGGCAUUGUCCUACAGGCAGACCCUGCUUUACAGCAGCCUCAGCAUAGCCAGCAUGCACAGCAGCACCCACUGCCAGCUCAGCAGCCUCAGCUGCAGGUGGGAAGUGAAGGUGGCCACAAAUGUGGUGCGUGUGGCCAUGAUAUUUCGCACUUGGCCAAUCCCCAUGAGCACCAGUGCAUGGUUAACCAGGACCGUUCGUUCCAGUGCACCCAGUGCAUGAAGAUCUUCAACCAAGCAACGGAUCUUCUAGAGCAUCAGUGUGUUCAGGUUGAGCAGAAGCCGUUUGUGUGUGGUGUGUGCAAAAUGGGAUUCUCCCUUCUCACGUCUUUGGCACAACAUCAUAAUGAGCACAGCACUGGAAACAAUCCAAUGAAGUGCUCUAUUUGUGAAAAAACAUACCGCCCAGACUCUGCCUCUUCUAACCCUCAGCAACCCUCUACUGCUGAGACGUCCAGUGAUGGGGCAGCCAUGGGUUCUUCUUCCACUACAGCUUUCCAGGACUCCGACCGUCCAUAUAAGUGCUCGGUGUGCAAUAAGGCAUUUCGCCACCUUUCUGAACUCUCACGUCAUGAAAGAGUGCACACGGGUGAGAAACCCUACAAGUGCGACACUUGUGAUAAGACCUUUAGUCAAGCUUCUCAUCUGGCGCACCACCAGCGCACUCACAGUGCCGAUCGCCCGUAUAAAUGUGCCGUUUGCGAGAAAACCUUCAAGCACAGGCAGCACCUGGUACGGCACAUGUACGCUCACUCUGGUGAGCACCUUUUCAAGUGCAACCUGUGCGAGCUUCAUUUCAAGGAGUCGUCUGAACUGCUGCACCACCAGUGCCAGCCAGCUGGAGAGCGCCCCUUCCGCUGCACAGCAUGUGGGAAAAGCUUCAAACGGCCCUCGGACCUAAGGCAGCACGAGCGCACUCACUCCGAAGAGCGGCCUUUCCAGUGUGAGGAGUGUCAGAUGAGCUUUAAGCAGCAGUACGCACUUGUUCGCCACCGUCGUACUCACAAAAACCCAGCAGAUCGCCCUUUCAAGUGCAAUCAGUGUGACAAAGGUUUCCUGCAGCCUUCCCACCUGCUGUACCACCAGCAUGUCCACGGUAUCGAGAGUCUGUUCAAAUGUGCCGCUUGCCAAAAGGGCUUCAGACAAUCUGGGGAACUUCUAAGGCACAAGUGUACAGAAUCAAACUCUGGAUCUAAUGCUGUGGAGAAGCCGUACAAGUGUGACGUGUGUGGGAAGGGCUACAAAAAGUCGUCAACGUUACAGAGGCACCAGAACUCCCACUGCACUGAAAAGCCGCUGAAGUGCUCGCUCUGCGGCCGCCGCUUCCAGUCCUCGUCUGAUUUUGUGCAGCACCGAUGCGACCCUGCUCGGGAGAAGCCAAUGAAAUGCGCAGACUGCGAGAGGCGCUUUAAAUAUUCAUCUGAGCUGCAGAGACAUCGAAGAGUCCAUACAGGAGAGAAACCCUUCAAGUGUCCCACCUGUGACAAGGGAUUCAAACAGCGUGAACACUUGGCCAAACAUGGCAUUGUCCACUCCCGUGAAGCCCAGUUCAAGUGUGUCUGGUGUGGAGAGUGUUUUGGAGAGCUUGGAGCCCUUCAAGAGCAUACAGUUCAACACACUGCAGAAGGAGGGGGUUAUCCUGCUUCCUCGUGCAUAGAGUAGUUACUGUCUGCUUUUGCUCCUUACCAAGCGAAAAUACACUUUGCAUGCAAUAGCAACAUUGUGAUUUACUUGCGUAUAUUUAGCGAAAUCGUCCCAUUUCAAGCAUUGCAGUACUUGUUGGACUGGUAAGGAACUACAUAAUGUGUCCGCUUGUAAAAGUCUUGAUGUACCGAUUUUGGCAACAUUGCGUCUACACCACAUUCAGAAACUUGCCUCAUUUCUGUACCAAUCACAUUGACGAACAGAACCGCACACAAAAGUGGUUGCUACUCUUAAAAUAAGCUUGUAAAAAUGAACUAUUUUGUCUCAUGUGCAACCCAUUAUCCAUACACCAUGUGCUUAGGACUGGUGUUUCAGACAACUGGAACUGAAGAUAUAGGUUGAUUUCUGCAUUGUAUCUGACAUUCAUUUUUAUCUAAAAUAAGGAGAAUGCAGUAAUGGAUCUAUCAGUGACAGCUUUUCCAGAAUGACACAAAUUGGUACGCAAUAUGUUAACAUCCAGGAUCUGCUUUUUGGUCUUUGUGCAAUUAACCACAACUAGAUGUUUCAUUGCAUUGGUUUUGUUUAUGUUUUGUUCUGAAUAACUUUUAAAUGAACUGCCUUUCUUCCAGUGUCUCCAUCUCAUGCUUCCAUGUUAGCUAUGGAACACUGUAUGGCCAUCUGGACUAUAUACAGUAGUGAUUGUAUGUAUUCGUAAUGUAUAACUCCCAUCACCUAACCCAUGAUGUAACAGGGUAUAUGUAUGCAUGAAUAGCCUAAAUAAUUUAUACGGUUUGUUGUAAUCUGUCAUUAGUGCAAACUGCUAUGUUAAAUUGUAGGCAAAGAACUACAAACACACACACACAAAAUAUAUAUAUUAGCCAUUCUUUUUCUCUAGUGCAUUUUGACUCCGCUCUAAUAAUGACGCAAUAGUUUGCAAGCAGUUCUGAGAGUAAAUUUACAGUAGUUCAAAGAUUAACAGUUACUUUUUAACUGCCAGGCAACAGAGAACAACAAUGAAGUAUUUUUGUUUGCAGAUUGCAAACAGAUGGUGUUGCGUUAGCUAAACGAUGCUGUAGAAUUUGUAAAGUUAUCUGUACAUGGAUGUUUUGUAUCGCUUUGACAUGAGUACAAGUGCUAGGAUUUAGUAUCUGUUUGUGUAUCAUCAUACUGUAGACUGUGCUUGUGAUUGUUUCCUCUUGUGAGGAUAUGUUGGUUCUGUUUCGGUGGAUUAUUCUUUUGCCACAGACAACUUGUUCAGUUUCUCUGCCACAAAUUAUUUCUUUGUUUGAAGAAAUCUUCAGUUGGUAUUACAUUUUGUGCUUUCCGAAUUGGAUCGGUUGACGGUAAAACCUUUGAAUUGAAUUAAAAUAUUAAACCACAGAUAAGAUUGGAUGCAGCUUUUGUAAUUAUAAAAAUAAAGAAAUAAUUUUAAACAAAUUUAAGAGUAAAAAUACAUGUAAUGUGUCUAAAUGAAUCUAAAAAUGCAGUAUUAAGUAGUAGUAUAGUGUUUUAUUUUAAACUUCAGAAACCUCUUACGAUGCAGUGUGUAAAUGUCUAAGCACAUGAAUUGAAUCCAUAUUAAUGAUACUUUGUAUUAUCCUAACAGCUUGAAUGUAAACAUUGCAAACAUUUCUUUUUCCCUUUCGAUGCCUCUGCAGGCCUUAUUAACAUUAAUGGCUUAUGUAUCAGUAUUGUUUGUUCUGUUACAUAUUUGUGUACUCUCAUGUGCAUUAAAUGCAGAGACUGAAUGGUG